AUGGCGCUGGUGGACACCAACUAUCCCUACUCUUUUCGGGGCGCCCUGAAGCUCAUGCGCACGGUGCUGGCCUUAGUGGCGUUCUUCUUCUUUUUGCAUUCCCAGGCCCGCGGGGCGUACACGGCGCUGGCGGCCAUGGAGAUGAUCAUCACGGCGCUGUUCUUCCUGCUCUACUUGCUAAAGCUCGAUAAAAAGCUGAGCUGGCUCUUCUGGCCGCUGGCCGAUGUUUUCAACUCGGUGAUUGCAGCGUUGUUCCUGCUUAUUGUGUGCCUGUUUGCAGUAAUUAUCAAGACCAACAAUGGGACACUGGCUGGAGGAGUGUUUGGUCUCACAUUGUGUGUUCUCUGUAUUGUCGACGCAGUUCUUGUUUUCCGGAAGAUUAGAUUUGAUAGAUCCACAGGAAGUAAUACUGCUGCAAAAUAAGAUUACCAUUUCACUAACAGAACAAGUCCAGUGGUAACUGUUUGAGUGUUCUCUUUUCAAGAAUGUGUAUUUCCAUGUGUUCACUUUUGCAUUUCCUGUGCAUUUAGGUACUUUUUGAGAAGGUUUAGAAGGUUUUCUUACAAGUGUAGUUUCAGUGUUGCAGUUUCACCAGUAUAAGCUUCACAGAAAGUUGUCCUUUUUUUUUUCUAAAUUUGAUCCCAA